UUCAUACUAAAAUCACCGCUUCGUCCCCAAGUCCUGAGGUCCCUUUCUUUGAUUACAAGUCCCCACGUCGUAUAUGAAAAGAAUUCUUCAAAGAAAAAAACCUAAGCAAAAGCAAUUCAAACCAGAAAAUGCAAAGGCUCUUUUCUGUCAAAGUUGCCUCAAACAUCCCCAAGAAACUCUCAAACACCUCCACUUCCUUUACUCUCCUCCAUUCUCACCCUUGUAAACCACUCUCUUCUAUAACCAAACCCAAUACCCAAAUUCAAAAUCAACUUCUCAACUCUUUUUGCUCUCACACAUUUCACCACCAGUCUCGUUCAUGGCACAGUUUUUCAGGGAAAAUUAUUUGCGGGUUUCUGUCAAACCCGGUGAUUGCAAAGCAGUUCUUGCUGGAUUCAGCAAAUACCCUCUUGAGGUUUUCAAGGAAGAGUCUUGCAGAUUGCAGAGUUCGGUUUCUUAGAGCUCAAUUUCACCGGCAGAGCUUUCGGUUCAACCCAAGUUUUGAUUCUCAUAGGCGUGGCUGGAGAUCAUCGUUCCGAGGACUAACAACUGAUGGUGUGGUUUACGGCUUGAUUAUGGCUAACGUUGCUGUUUUUAUGUUAUGGCGGGUUGCAGAUCCAAAAUUUAUGAGGAAUAACUUCAUGAUCUCACUAGACAAUUUUAGAAGUGGACGAUUUCACACAUUGAUUACUUCCGCAUUCAGUCAUAUCGAUGUUGGGCAUAUUGUUUCUAACAUGAUCGGGCUUUACUUCUUCGGAAUGAAUAUUGGAAGAGCUUUUGGACCUGAAUUUUUGCUUAUGUUGUACGUAGCUGGGGCUCUUGGUGGUUCAAUUUUUUACUUGGUGCACAAAGCCUAUAUGGCCUCAUCAUCAAAGGGCCAACAACUUUGGAACAAAGACCCGUCAAAUACACCAGGAUUGGGGGCAAGUGGAGCUGUGAAUGCCAUUCUGUUGCUUGAUAUAUUCCUCUUCCCAAAAUCUACCCUCUAUUUCGACUUUAUCAUACCAGUCCCUGCCAUCUUACUGGGAAUCUUUCUAAUUGGAAAAGAUAUCUUGAGGAUGAUAGAGGGAGAUAGCCAUAUCUCAGGAUCGGCACACUUGGGAGGUGCCGCAGUUGCGGCCAUAGCCUGGGCACGAAUCCGGAAAGGACGCUUCUAAAUCUUUCAGAAAUUCUGCAAACUCCUGAUUGAGUAUUGUAUUUAUUGCCAUUGUAGUAGUUUUUUUAUUCUCCAUCAACAUCUUUUAUCUUUUCAUUUGGUAGGUUAGAACUGCUGAAAAUGUAUUCAUUUUCCCUUUUAUGGUUCAAAAGAAAUAUUAAGAAAAUAACAUGUUUAGCAGCAUUUAUUUUA